AUUCUUGUAUGCAAAUAUACCAUAGCUGGUACAGAUAAAAAAGCACAAAUAAAGCUAAGGACUCAGUCAGGACAAAAAUCACUGUGCUUCCCUGAUACCUCAUUUCACCUGUGUUUCAGGAACGUCCUCAAACUCCUCAUUUGACAAUAUGAAGAAGCAAGGCUCAGACAGCAAUCCCGUUCCAGUUUUGCCAGUGCUGCCAGAACCACUCAAAGAUCUGAAAAUUAAGUACACCAAGAUAUUUAUAAACAAUGAAUGGCACAAUUCAGUCAGUGGUAAAAAAUUUGAAGUCUUUAACCCUGCAAAUGAAGAGAAAAUCUGUGAGAUUGAAGAAGGCGACAAGGCAGAUGUAGACAAGGCUGUUAAAGCAGCUAGAAGAGCUUUUGAGCUUGGAUCACCCUGGCGUACAAUGGAUGCUUCAGAGCGAGGAAGGCUCUUAAAUAAACUAGCUGAUUUAGUUGAAAGAGAGAGAUUGAUUUUAGCUACAAUGGAAGCCAUCGAUGGUGGGAAACUCUUUUCUACUGCCUACCUAAUGGAUUUAGGUGCUUGUAUUAAAACAUUACGCUACUGUGCAGGCUGGGCUGAUAAAAUCCAUGGUCGGACUGUUCCAAUGGAUGGAAACUUUUUCACAUUUACAAGACAUGAGCCCAUUGGUGUGUGUGGCCAAAUUAUUCCUUGGAACUUCCCAUUGGUUAUGUUUAUCUGGAAGAUCGCCCCUGCCCUUUGUUGUGGAAACACAGUGGUUGUCAAACCAGCAGAACAAACACCACUGACUGCCCUUUACAUGGGAUCCUUAAUUAAAGAGGCAGGAUUUCCACCUGGAGUUGUGAACAUUGUGCCAGGCUUUGGACCUACUGCUGGAGCUGCUAUUUCUCACCAUAUGGAUAUAGAUAAAGUGGCCUUCACAGGCUCUACUGAGGUUGGAAAACUGAUCAAAGAAGCUGCAGGAAAGAGCAACCUGAAAAGAGUUACAUUGGAACUUGGAGGAAAAAGUCCUAACAUUAUAUUUGCAGAUGCGGAUUUGGACACAGCUGUGGAAUUUGCACAUAUUGGUCUAUUCUACCACCAAGGACAGUGUUGUAUAGCAGGAUCUAGAAUUUUUGUGGAAGAGCCCAUUUAUGAUGAGUUUGUUCGCCGGAGCAUUGAACGAGCAAAGAAGUAUACCCUUGGGGAUCCUCUGUUGCCUGGUGUACAGCAGGGCCCUCAAAUUGAUAAGGAGCAGUUUCAAAAAAUCCUGGAGCUAAUUGAGAGUGGGAAAAAAGAUGGAGCCAAACUGGAAUGUGGAGGAGGUCCAUGGGGAGACAAAGGUUACUUCAUCCAGCCCACAGUUUUUUCUAAUGUUACAGAUGAUAUGCGCAUCGCCAAAGAAGAGAUAUUUGGACCUGUUCAACAAAUUAUGAAGUUUAAAACUGUAGAUGAAGUUAUCAAGAGGGCAAAUAAUACUAGUUAUGGCUUAGCAGCAGCAGUUUUUACCAAAGACAUUGAUAAAGCACUGACAUUUGCAGCUGCUCUUCAGGCUGGGACAGUAUGGGUUAAUUGUUAUAGUGCAAUGUCUGCUCAGUGUCCUUUCGGAGGAUUUAAGAUGUCAGGAAAUGGACGAGAAAUGGGAGAAUACGGUCUUCAUGAAUACACAGAAGUUAAGACUGUCACUAUCAAAAUCCCACAGAAGAACUCAUAAUGCUGCUUGACAUGCAGAGUGUAUCUUCUUCUUGAAUCUGAAAAAUGUAUUUCAAUUCUGAAAAGUUUUAUAUACCAGAUUAUUCAUUAACCUUUUUGCUUUAUGAUUGUAAAAGAGAACCUUGCUUACAUUAACAAUACAAAGAAUAAUGUAGAAAAAUUUACCAUGAUUAACUGAGAAAGGGAAACUUUAAUUUUUGGAACAUGACUAAUGUCUUUUUAAACUUGUAUUAAGAAAAAAAUAUUUUUUAUUUUCAGUGGGAGCUUUCUGUAGUGCUUUGGAAAUAUUUGUUUUCCAAUAUAUCUUGCAGGUACCAUUUAAAUUUAUGUGGUCUUCUAAAUGUUAGAUGCCAAGCUGUCCUUUCUUCGUGGCCUUAACAAAAGCACUUAUAAGUAACUAGCAGAUAGAUAAUUAUCUUUGUCAUUCAAAAAUAGUAGACUUCUAUAUAUAUUUCUUAGACUGCUGAAUUUGUUCAUCAUAUUGAUUACUACACAAAUGUAAUCUGGAUAAUAUUAAACAGUAUUAAAAUACAUCUUCAAAACAUU